AUGAUUGAAUUGAGGAGUGAUGUGGAAUUGAAGAGGGUUCCAGAUGACACCCGGCCUCUAAUAUUCUGGAAGAGUUCAUCGGCCGCAUGCCGUCCAUAUCAGAACAACACUGUCUUAUACGCUUAUUCAACUGAUAUCGACUGUUAUACAUUUCGUGGCGGUGCUGGUAGUAUGGUCGAUUAUGCUCCUUACUAUAAAACCAUGGCAAACGUUAGAUUCGAUACGAAACAGGAAGAGGAGAUUGAGUAUCACACGGACCAACAUAGUUUGAGUAAUUCGCUGGAUUCCCAUGUACCGGAUUCAACACUUGGAUAUGAAGACAAAACAACUGGAAGCAACUUGUACAAUGUGUUGAAGACAUUUCUCAAUAAUGGAAAGGUAUCGUUAUGUGGAGCCCAAGUGUUCAUUGCAGUAAAACGGUAUCCAGAUGAGUCUGAUGUAUCCGACAUAAUCAACCAACUACGAGCCAACCAUGUGAUGGUGUACAUUGCUGUCGACAGUGUCCCAUCAGGUGGUUCCAAUUCGGCAACACUCUACGAAAUGUCAUAUGAAACCAAUGGAUACUGUCUGUUCGCCACCGGCGAUGAUCUUUGGAAAGCGUUUGACUGGAUGACUCAUAUACUUGGAGAGCCUUACCAAUUCAUUGCUCAAAACUUUGUGGUUUCUGGAUCAGGUCGAAUCGAAAUACCGGCAUUCAAAACUCCGAUUCCAGUGGCACUCGACAAUUCUUUCGUAUCCAUGAAUUAUACAAUUGCGAGUACUGAUGGAUCUUAUGUUUUUCAAUUUCCGAGUCACAACGCCCAACCUCUUUAUGGAACUGCAGAAUCAAAUUGGUUUUCUGUGAGCGAAUACCUCUCGUACACAUGGACAAUUGACUAUCAUUACAAUACAGAUGCACCACAAAUCGUUGAAUGCAGUAUGAACAGUGGAUAG